AUGUACAGGAAAGAGAAGACGAAUUGUAGUAAAUGUCCGCCUUCGAUACUGAGAAAAAGGCCACCCGUGAACCAAGCUGUGAGUGAAAAGCGAAAAGCAGAGAGAAGGGUUCGAUUUUGUGAGCCAGAGAUCACUGGAUAUGACAUUUCCUGCUGGGACUACAAAGUUGCACAUGACAGGCCAUCAGCUGGAUUGCCUUUGCUCCUGUGGAUUUCGCUUUGUUUAGUGCUGAUCCUGGCUGUGAGUCUGUACUACAGCAGCGUGAAGCAGAAUUUCAAAGUCUUGGAAGAAUUUCAAUCCCAGCUCGUUAUCUUCUUUCUUCAGAUAAGACGCGUUGCUUUGAAAUGCUGGACUUGGUUUAUGAGGCAAUAA